AUGGCGCAACCAUACGUAUACACCGUCUAUAGAGGGACCUUUAUCCAAGCAUUGCGUGUUUCAGAGUCGGUGCCGCGUCCACGCACAGAGCUUGUUCGAAAUCGCGGCGCUCUGUGGGUGUCUUCGGCAGACGGUCGGAUCAAAGGAUUCGACUGGCAAGCCCAUGAUGAUCAAUCUUUCAGGGACCUGAUGGCUCGUAUGAACUGGGUAGAUGCAGACGCCUCCACAACCAAUGGCUACCACGAGACGGAGGCCAAGGUGAAGAUUGUGACGGCAUGCGAAGACCGGAAUGAAUUUUUCUUUCCCGGAUUUAUAGCGGCCAAAGAUACACACAUCCAUGCUCCCCAGUUCCCUAACGUGGGCUUGUUUGGCUCUUCAACGCUGCUGGACUGGUUGGAAACAUACACAUUCCCCGUGGAGUCCAAGUUCGGCGCCCAAGCGGACCAACCGCACGGAGAUGAAACGCUGCCGGAAAAAACACCUCCCUCUGCCUUGCGGAUCUACGACCAGGUCGUGUCACGCACUCUAUCUCAUGGGACCACAUGUGCGUCUUACUUUGCAACGAUCCACGUUCCCGCGACGAAUGCUCUGGCAGCACUCUGUCAUUCACGAGGGCAACGUGCGUUUAUUGGGCGCGUGUGCAUGGAUAACCCGGACUUUUGUCCAUCUUACUACAAAGAUCUUUCCGUCGAAGAUUCCUUGAGUGCCUCAAGAUCGACCAUUGACUUUAUCCAUAGUCUAGAUCCAAAGGGAGCUUUGGUCAAGCCUAUACUUACCCCUCGAUUCGCACCCACAUGCACACGAGCCGCCCUAGAAGGUCUGGGGAAAUUGGCGGCUGAAUAUAAUCCGCCAUUGCACAUUCAAACGCAUAUCUCUGAGAACACAAACGAGAUCUGCCUGGUCAAGGAGUUGUUCCCCGAGGCAGGGAGCUAUGCAGCAGUCUAUGACAGAUAUGAUUUGCUCACCAAGCGGACCAUUCUCGCGCACGCGGUGCUGCAUCUCACGCCCGAGGAGCGCCAGCUGGUUCGUCAGCGGGACGCCAAGAUCUCACACUGCCCGGCGUCUAACUCCGCCCUGGGCUCGGGUAUCGCCCCCGUUCGGACGUUCUUGGACGAUGGAAUCACGGUUGGUCUGGGUACAGACGUUAGUGGAGGCUAUAGCCCAAGCGUGCUUGAAGCCGUCCGUCAGGCUUGUCUGGUGUCGCGAUUGCUCGGGCACACGGCUUCAUUUAAGGAUGCUCAGAAAGAGCAUGGACAUGAGGAUGGCCACACGGAGAAGAACAAACAGCCGUCUCUGGACCGCGAGAAGUUGACCGUAGAAGAGAGUCUUUAUCUUGCCACUCGUGGUGGGGCAGCUGUGGUCGAUAUGGCAGACGACCUAGGCGGUUUCGACGAGGGUAUGAUCUGGGACGCACAGCUGAUCGAGCUUGGAGGCAUGCAAGAUUUGCCUCAGAACCCGCUGCUCCAGCCGACCAAUGACACCCACAGUCUGAUCAAGUCUGGACCAGUGGGUAAUGUGGAUCUUUUUGGCACCGAGACCUGGGAAGAGAAAAUUCACAAGUGGGUUUGGAGCGGUGAUGAUCGGAAUGUCAAAGCUGUCUGGGUUGGUGGGCGGCUUGUCCAUUCAAGAUCGUGA